CUCAGUGCUGAGUCAAACCAAAGCUGCAAGGAUACAGCUCGUGUCUGAAGACCAGAAAAUACAUUUUUAUUGAGGGUCAAUUUUGGGGUGGGAAGACACAGCCGUGUGUUUUUCAACCAGUUUUGUUUUGAGUAAAAAAAGGAUGCUCUAGUCGGGUCUCUCGAGCUCUCACCUGGAAACAAGGAAGCAGUGAAAGCUAUUGUUUUGUGACGGGAGGUUUCUUUCGCAGUAUGUCACUGGAAUACGCUAUUCUUGUUCACUAAAUGGACUAUUGAAUACGUGUUACUUGUUUGGUUAGACAUUUUCAAUAAGACGUUUUUUUGUGAUAUCUCAAACAGUGAAAAUAUAUUAUAUCACAGUGAAAUCACAAAUGUGUUAGUCGCAUUAACGGUCAAACGGAAUAGAAAGCUGUUAUCUCAUCUCAUGUUUUUGUUGUCAUUGUUCAGAAGUGCAAACUUUUUAUUUAUAAAACUCUACAUUGUUGCAAUUUCCUUAGUGCUCAGGAAGCACGAGUGCAACAUUAUAACAACAAAUACAUUGGUAUUCUGGACAACAGCAACAUGAUGAUGUGAUACAGGGUUAAAAACAAAUUUUACAUAAAGUGUAAGUGCACUGACUUUUUGUAUAUAUAAGUUAACCAUUUGUGUAGUGCGGUGCCCAUAACAUCUGAAGUCUCCAUUCGAUUUGUGAAGGGUUGAAUAGCUAUACCAGAAUACUGCAACAAGUAAAAAUAACUUGUAUCUGAUCAUCUUCGACACCUUUGGGUGAAGUGUGUUGUGCUGUCUUAUCAACGCGCAAAUUGAGCCACUGCGUUCAAGCGCUCUUUAGCUGUCAAUUGAGAGCGACCACAGGCACAGCUGCAGCAGCAAGUGUCAACGAGGACUGAAAAACUCUACCGGCAAAAUGACGGACGGACCAAGGCAACGAGGCAGUUCAGCGGCGUCUGGCGGGGAUGCUGUCGCGGAGUCCGGGAAAGAGUCAGGAGGAGGAGGGGUGGCUCUGAAGAAAGAGAUCGGUCUUGUGAGCGCCUGCGGAAUUAUUGUUGGUAACAUCAUCGGCUCGGGGAUCUUUGUCAGCCCUAAGGGCGUGAUGGAGAAUGCCAGCUCAGUGGGUCUUGCGCUGAUCGUGUGGAUCGUCACCGGCAUCAUCACGGCCAUCGGAGCACUGUGCUACGCCGAGCUGGGUGUCACCAUCCCCAAGUCAGGGGGAGACUAUUCAUACGUCAAGGACAUCUUCGGAGGACUGGCAGGCUUCCUGCGUCUGUGGAUCGCGGUGCUGGUGAUCUACCCCACCAACCAGGCAGUCAUCGCCCUCACCUUCUCCAACUACGUCCUACAGCCCCUCUUCCCAACCUGCUUCCCCCCGGAGACCGGUCUGCGCCUGCUGGCUGCCGUCUGCCUACUUUUGUUGACGUGGGUGAACUGCUCCAGUGUGCGAUGGGCUACCAGAGUCCAGGACAUAUUCACAGCCGGCAAGCUGCUGGCCCUGGCUCUCAUCAUUAUCAUGGGCAUGGUGCAGAUCUGCAAGGGGGAGUACUAUUGGCUUGAGCCAGCCCAUGCCUUCGAGCCCUUCCAGGAGUACGACGUGGGGCUUAUAGCCCUGGCCUUCCUACAAGGCUCCUUCGCAUACGGAGGAUGGAACUUCCUCAACUACGUCACUGAGGAGCUGGUCGACCCCUACGUGAAUCUUCCUCGUGCCAUCUUCAUUUCCAUCCCCUUGGUGACGUUCGUGUACGUGUUUGCCAACAUCGCUUACGUCACCGCCAUGAGUCCUCAGGAGCUGCUGGCCUCCAACGCUGUUGCUGUAACAUUUGGUGAGAAGCUGCUAGGAGUGAUGUCAUGGAUCAUGCCCAUCUCUGUGGCUCUGUCCACCUUCGGAGGGGUCAACGGGUCCCUCUUCACCUCCUCACGGUUGUUCUUUGCUGGAGCCAGAGAGGGCCACCUCCCCAGUCUCCUGGCCAUGAUCCACGUGAAGCGCUGCACACCCAUCCCUGCUCUGCUCUUCACUUGUCUGUCCACCCUGCUGAUGCUGUGCACCAGUGACAUGUACACUCUCAUUAACUACGUGGGGUUCAUCAACUACCUCUUCUACGGGGUCACUGUCGCCGGGCAGAUCGUGCUGCGCAUCAAGGCACCUGACAUGCACCGACCAAUCAGGAUCAGUCUGGUAUGGCCGGUCAUCUACCUGUUGUUCUGGGCCUUCCUGCUCAUCUUCUCCCUGUACUCUGAGCCCGUUGUGUGUGGCCUCGGCAUUGCUAUCAUGCUGACUGGAGUCCCGGUCUACUUCCUGGGUGUCUACUGGGACAACAAGCCUGAAUGCUUCAACACCUUCAUUGCCAAGAUAACCUACCUGGGCCAGAAGUUCUGUGUGGUGGUGUAUCCAGGGGAGGCGAAAGGCUCCAAGGAGGCAGGGAGCGGGGAGGAGGGCGAGGAGCUAAAGGAGUCCCGGGCUCCUCUCUCGCAAGACGACGGGGAGAAACAAAAGUCUGCAGACUGCUGAACACACACACACACACCUUUACUACCCACCCCCUCACCACCCAACUCCUCAACACUCACACACACACACACACACAAACUCAGAGAAACACACUCUCAUUGAGGUAGAGUCAGAGUUUCAGGUAUAUCACUAUGGCAGAGAGGAGUUAACACUCACAGACUCGGAAACACUCUUAGUGACACACACACACUGUUUUUAUAUGUUCAUACAUCUGAUUGUAGCUUUGUUUCAAUCACGAAUGCUGUGCCAAAUAGAGGAGGAGGAGGAGGAGGAGGAGGAGGAGGCUGAGGAGAGAAACAUUUAGGGGAGAGGGAGGAUUAUAGACCUAUAUCUGGUCAUUCAAUUUCAGUCUGCCACCUUUUAACGCUGCUAAUUGCAAAAGACAUAUCCAACCUGACAUCCUCACAGAUUCACACUCAUCUUUUCAUCCUCUAAUCCUUUCAUGUACCCCCUUGACAAUAACAAGGACUACUCUUUUUCUUCCCCAUCUUCCUCCACACACUCCCUGCACACUCCAUGAGUGAGAGAGCGGUGGCCAUUUUAAAGUACUCGUACUGUACUGUGGCAGAGGCAUCAUCAGCAUUGGUUUUGUGUUCGUUUUUUUAUUUCUUUUUGUCUUGUCUUACUGAAAACACACCAAAGCUGAAUUCCUUCAGUCAAAACCAUCAAAUUCAGAUCAAUUCAUUGAAUGUUUUAUUUCAAAUACACUAAAUACGGUCUGUGUUUUUUCAUUUUAACAACUGUGAUUCCAAAAUGUUUUUUAUAAUUGUUAUAAUUGUUUAUAUCACAUGUCAUUGUUAUUAUUUUAGUUUUAAUGUUUUAUUCUAUUCAAUAUCAAUAACUUUUGGGUCUUUUUUUUUUUUUUUACUCUUGCAACAGCGAAGGUAUACUUUUAGGAGCCGAUGAGGGAUCUGGUUCGGUGCCUUUCAGAUCCUUCCCUGGUGCAAAAUCAGCUUUAAUUCUGAUAUAUUAUGUACUUAGGUAUUGGUAUGUAAUUGUUAUCAUUAAUGUCGACAGAUGAUUUUAUCCAGAUAUUUUAAAGAGAUAAAAAAUGUUCAUGUUGAUGAAAGAAACAAAGAAGUGGCCAUUUUGAAUAUUCCAGGUUGACUCAGUGAUUUUACUGGAUACCUGAGGAAGAUUUAAUUAAAGGCAGACAAUCAACUCUACAAACAGUCUGCUGAUUUAAAAGACUAGAAGCACAGACUAACAAGCUGACUACAGUUCUUACACCUAUACAUACACAAACAAAGAGAGAAAUCUUGAAAUCGUAUAGGGGUAGACUAGCAGACCCUGUAGAGCAUUUUGAGCAGGGUUCUCCACAAACACACACUUGCAUGUGCACCCCCAGGGAGAGAAUUGUCACAAGUUUAAUUGUCUGCUUAACUAAGUUUACUGUAAUGUAGUGAAAGCCAAACCAGUGGUGUGCAUGUAAAUGUCUAUCAUUAAUGAGGUAAUUCAGUAUUUUUGUAGAUUAAUACACAUCUAUAUGUUUACUCUUCAAAAUAGUUUGAUAGUGCUUUAUUUAGGGGUGUUUUAAUUAAUAUAACUGAUCAUAAUAAUAAUAUGCCAUUUAGCAGACGCUUUUAUCCAAAGCGACUUACAGUCAUGCGUGCA